CCCCCCCCCCCCCCGUUCUCGCCUCCAUUUUGUUUUAUUGUGAACUCUGCAGUGACUGUGGUCAGCUGCUAAACACUGAAACAUCCCGCACAGAAACAUUUCCAGCAGCAACAUGAGCGGAUGUCGUAUCUUCAUCGGCCGCCUGAGCCCCACGGCCAGAGAGAAGGACGUGGAGAGGUUCUUCAAGGGAUACGGCCGCAUCCGAGACAUCGACCUCAAGAGAGGCUUCGGGUUCGUGGAGUUUGAUGACCCCAGAGACGCUGAAGAUGCCGUGUAUGAGCUUGACGGCAAAGAGCUGUGCUGUGAAAGGGUGACCAUUGAGCAUGCCCGCGUUCGUCUGCGCGGCGGCCGUGGCAGAGGUGGCAGUAGCAGCAGCAGCGGUGGAGGGGGUGGUGGGGGUGGUGGUGGACGUUUCUCUGAUCGCUAUGGUCGAGGCUCCCAGAACAGUCGGAGUCGAAACCCUCCUCCGAUGCGGACGGAAAACCGCCUGAUUGUGGAGAAUUUGUCCUCUCGCGUCAGCUGGCAGGACCUGAAAGAUUUCAUGAGACAAGCUGGAGAGGUGACAUUCGCAGACGCACAUCGGCCCAAACUCAACGAAGGGGUUGUUGAGUUUGCCUCUUACAGCGACCUGAAAAAUGCCCUUGAGAAACUGUCUGGAAAGGAAAUCAAUGGCAGGAAAAUCAAGCUCAUAGAGGCAGCCAAGAAGAGGUCAAGAAGUCGUUCCCGGUCUGAAAGCACCUCUCGCUCCCGGUCUCGUUCUCGCGGUCGCUCUCCCUCGCGUUCCCCCCGGCGCUCACGCAGCCCCGCCAAGGCCCACAACCGCUCCCGCUCACGCUCCCGCAGCGUCUCCCCCGCCGGCAGCCCCAAAUCCCCCACCCCCAAAUCCAAGGAGGCCAACAAGCGCUCCUCCAAGACGAGCAAGUCUCCCUCCCCUCGACCCGCCCAGAGAGCCUCCAUAUCCCGUUCCCGCUCUCGUUCCCGCUCCCGCUCUCGUUCCCCCUCUACUGACAGCCAGCGCUAAGGGCUGUGUUAACGGAAUCAACUGUAGAAACACGUUGUUUCAGUCGUAGAUUCAGUUUGGAGAAAUUGUCACACGAGCCAAUUUUUUUUGGUCUGGAUUUUAAGUUUUUCACAUUAAACACAAGUAAAUCAGAUAUUUCAUUGUCAUUAUUGGGCAUUUAAGUUCCUCAGCAGAUUCACAUUUCCACUGGAGUAUUAGCGCAUAUGCAUGUUUACACCCAGUCACUUCUCACCCCUGAAUUCAUUCAUCCAUUACGGCUGCAGGUGCGGGCGGCGCUGCUGCGUCGCCAUUUCCUCUCACGAAAUCCUCCCAGCUUCCACGUUCAUUCUACACCUUGGAAAGAAACAUUUCAAGAGGGAAUCUGUAUGUGUCCGCAGCAGCAGGAUGCUUUUGACUAGUGUUGCAACCACUUUCUUUACUUGUGAUACUUUUGCUCGUAGUUUGGAGAUUUUUUUUUUUAAUCUCUUAACAUAUUUUUCUCUGUAUCGCUCAUUUCCAAAGCCUUUUCGUGUCUUUUCCCCUUUUUUCUCACCUACUGUACCCACUGCUGCUGUGAUGUGUAGAACUUCGGAUGCAUGCAUGUGCUUUUGUUUGCUCAAAAUACAGAAUCUCAUUCAGAUAAUACUUUAUUUGUCCUGAAAAAAACAAACAUCAUAACUGUCAUUUGCAGCUUUAGUAUCAAACACACUUGUACAAAUCAGCACAUUUCCCCACAGGUUAAAGAGCUGUACAGUUAAUUACAUCAUUUCCUACAGCUUCUUGCAGUGACUGAGGCUUUUAUUUUGUUGGGAGAUGUUCAUCCUUCUGAUUUCAACACUUUAAGAUAGAGCUGAUGCAUAAAGCAGUUAAUUAUAGCAUUUUACUGAAUGUUAUUUUAUCUUGUUUUUGUUAAAGGUUGUGUGUACAGCAUUGGAGACUUUUGUUUUUACAUAAUUGUAUAAAUGUAAUUCCAAGAAACCUUGUUGGUAAUGUGACAGGUUAAAGUAACUGUGGUUCAAAUGAACAUUGUGGAAAAUACAACAUUUUUCUACUGUUGGAUUGUAUUUUCAGUGAAAUCAAAUAUGAUGGACGUUUGUGCGCUGUAGAAAGACGGUGGACUCAAUAAGAAAAACAUUUUAACAAAGUCAGAAAUUUUCUCUUAAUCAAUGCAAAUGGAUUCACAGGUUGUCGAAUGGCUGAAAUUUUAUUGAGUCAUCAUCCGUCUUUUUUCAGCUGGUAUUAACUUUACUGGGGACGACAUGAGGCAUUUGGAGUGCGUCUGUCAUGGUGGCACAUUUGUGUUGUCCACAGUGGGCCUGGGCUCUUUUGUCUCUGCAGCUGAGACGAUAAAGACGGUUAAAUGAAGUUAAGAAUUACUGGCUGAAUAAAUAGUUGAUAAAUAAAUUGUCCCACUCACUGAACUGUGAAUAUUACCCAUGAUGCAACAAAUCAAACAAAACUUUGUUUAAGUUUUCUGCUGAAUAUUUGGAUUAAACGCUGGUUCUUAAUGA